CUCCACGGAACCGACAUAGUCAUUCCCCGGCAAGGCUUUGCAGCGCUGCUGCUGCUACGCCGUCGGCAGCAGCUACAGCGACAGCGCCACCGGCGGUGGGGGUUCAGUUCAAUCCGCAGCGCGUCAUGGCAAAUGAGCUAUGCCUUGGUCGCCUAGUUGCCCUGGCAAAUCACGGACUUUUCAGGGGCAUCAUAUAGCGCGGCAGAAGCAGUCUAAUAGCAAUUGGCUAAGUCAUUUACAGAGUCUGCAUCAGCCACCAGAUUUCAUUUAGUAGCCCGUGACAUACUCAAACCGCUAGAAAAGCACUGGAUUAUAAUCGCCGGUUUAUAAUCACCGGAUUAUAAUCACAGGUCACAUCCGGCACGUGAUUUCUGGAUCGUAACGCGUUUCAGACGCGCUCAAGCUCGACUUUCGAAACUAUCGAAUCCGCAUUACUAGCGAUUGUUAACUGACCGGACUACUGGUACACGGGACUGGAUCCGUGGUACCGAGUCACGCUGUUGAGACUCGGUACACGAGUCCCUUCAGAGGAGGCCCUGCGCUGUCGAAGCGCUAACCGUACGCGCCAUGAGAAGCUCGCUUUCGAGGCGCCUCGAGAACCGCCGUGCACCUCUGACGGCUCUGUUUCUCGUCGCCGUUUGUGGAUGCGUGGUCCCCGCACAGUCUCUACCGGUUAUGGUGGGAGGGGGGAUAUCCCUCAACCUAGCAGUCAGCCCGUGGGGCACAGGAGUAAGCGACUGGACGGCGCCUGCCGUGAGGCCAGGAGACCUGCUGGUGUUCAGAUGGUUUGGGGAGACCCAUGAUGUGCAGAAGUUUGGAGACCCAGUGACCUAUGGGCUGUGCAGUUUCUUCAACACGAAACAAGUUUCACCUGCCCGCCCGGUUGGCGUGAGGACGUACACUGUGAAAGCUAAGGACAAGGGCAGGAUCCUUUACUUUGCAAGCAGCGUAGGAAGCGACUGUGCAAAUGGAAUUAAGGUUGCUAUUCGUGUAAGGUAACUGUAAAAUUAUAUAUUUUGUUAUAUAAUUGGUAGGCUUGGUAGGUGUUACUGAAACCUAUUGUAGAGGGUACAACCCCCCUCCUUGUAUCCCUCUCUCUUCUAUUCUCAACC